GCUAGAAAGGUUUUUUUUUUUUUGGGGGGGGGGGGGGGGGAGGGUGCAUGUGAUCAGCACAGGGCCAAUCAGCACUGUCCAGACAGAGGGUUAGGGGUUAGGCAGCCUCAUAGGACAGCCAGAGGAGAAUGCAAACUCCUCCUACAAGAUUAACCAGUGCACGGCUGGACACUGAUAAAAGUCACAAGACUGCUAUAUACUGCUGAUGAGAAAAGGUAUUUAUUAUUAUUAUUAUUAUACAGGAUUACCUGUUAUACUUCCAUGUUGUGGGAGACCAGAUAUAGUGAAUGCAGGGUCCUGG